CAUACAUUUUCUCAACAGUUGCAUGCUUUCAGUUUGCAUACUUUAGAAAAACACAAAAAAAUAACUUGCUUUUCGCAUUUCACAACUUCAAUGGCUUCGAUUGCAGUGUGUACGCCCACAAAGGGCCGUGUCUUCUCGACCAAGACCGCUGGCGGUCGAAUGCCACUCACACCUUCGCCUCGAAACUCGCCAAAGAUGAUGACCGAUGACUCGCCAUCGAUCUGUACUCCUCCGCUGUUCGCCACUGCAGUACCCAAGUCAACCGCUCGAAAGUCAGCCAAGUCGAAUAUCGCGACGGCAACGUCUCCAAAGCGUCUUGAACUAGGUUUGUCAGAUUGGAAUUUGACCGGCACAGGAGCCACCCCAUCAAAAGCUCGCGCAAGCCGGCCUCGACCUCAGAAGUCGACCGUGCGAAUCGCUUACAAUGCUGCUGACCGCUUCAUCCCUAACCGCAAUGCAAGCGAAGGCAUUUGCAAUAUAGGAACAGGUAAACUCGACCUCGACCGACGACCGAAAUCGAGCUCGGCAAAGAGCCAAGAUGGCUCUUCGAUCCUUGCAAAUGGUGCUGCCUCAACGGCAGGUGCCUUCGAAAUCGGCGGACGCGCUUCCGAAGACGACGUUACCCGUUCUCUCGACGGCCUCGACCUCGACGACGAAGAAAAGAGUUCAUACACGAAGCCUGCACCGGACGCAGUUGCUUAUGAGGAGUCACUUGCAAAGGCUUGUGGCGUGUCUCUGAACACUCGCAUCCUGGCUUUCAAGCCUGCACCGCCAGAGUCAUCAAAGCCAAUUGACCUGCGAUCGCAGUACAACCGACCACUGAAGCCAGCCGCAGUCUCGUCACAACAGCGCCGCCGCAUCCUCACUGCUCCAGAUCGUGUCCUGGAUGCUCCCAACAUUGUUGACGAUUAUUACCUUAACUUGCUCGACUGGUCCUGCAACAAUCAGGUCGCCAUUGGUCUUGCUCAGUCGGUUUACGUAUGGUCGGCAGACUCUGGUUCGGUGUCGCUGCUUCUUGAAACAUCCCCAGAUACAUAUGUCUCGUCACUUAAGUGGAGUGGUGACGGCGCCUACGUCAGCGUCGGCCUCGACACUGGCGAGGUCCAGAUCUGGGAUGUUGAGGAAAGCACAAAGCUUCGAAGCAUGUUCGGACACGAGACUCGUGUUAGUUCAAUGGCAUGGAAUAAGCACAUUUUGACAACUGGUGCUCGAAAUGGCUGGCUGUUCAACCAUGACGUCCGCAUCGCCCAACACAAGAUUGCUGAUCUUGAGUCCCAUACAGGGGAGGUUUGCGGACUUGAAUGGCGGUCAGAUGGCACCCAACUCGCUUCUGGAGGCAAUGACAACUUGGUUUCGAUAUGGGAUGCACGCAGCCUUAGCGCACCCAAGUUCCAGAAGACAAAUCACAAUGCUGCGGUCAAGGCGCUCUCGUGGUGUCCCUGGCAGCACAAUCUUCUCGCCACGGGUGGUGGUAGCCACGAUCGUCACAUCCACUUCUGGAAUACCACCACCGGUGCUCGCGUGAACUCCAUCGACACUGGCAGCCAAGUCACCAGUCUGCGAUGGAGCACUCAUUACAAGGAAAUUGCAAGCACGUCUGGCUUUCCAGACAACAGCAUCUCCAUCUGGUCCUAUCCAACGCUGGUGAAGAAUGUCGAGAUCCCAGCACACGAAAGCAGGGUUCUCCACUCUUGCCUGAGUCCGGAUGGCCAAACUCUCGCUACAGCGGCGGCAGACGAGAGUCUGAAGUUCUGGAAGGUGUUUGAAAAGAAGGCAGGGGCUGGUAUUGGACCUCUUGGUGCAGGCGUGAGCAAGAGCGAAGGCAAGAUAACGGCGCGGACCAUUCGCUAAACCGGUGGUGGGCGCGAAUCAUGAUGAAAUUGAAGUGACUUUUGCAUGGCGUCUGGCGUUGGUUGUUUUAACGUAUGAUGAUACCCAAGUCGGUAAUAAUAAAGAUUCAUGGUUGGUUGCCAGGGUUGGCGGUACUCGAGCGGGAUCGAGACGAGCGGAAAGGAAAUGCAAUAGUCACUAGUCACGACCAAUGAAUUACAGAAUCGAAACUAUUGCAUUUGGUUCAUGAAUCCGAGCGUUACAAGAUUU